AUGUUAGCUACAGCAUGGGUCAAUAUACUUAGUUGUGGUUCUUAUUACAAAGUUCGUGCUCUUAUAGAUCUUUGUUCGGAUGAAACUUUUGUUUCUCAGAGAAUACAAAAGGUAUUAAAGUUGCCCACUAAGCCAGUGUCCGCAGAAAUUACUGGUCUAGGAGGAGAAGUAGUAAGCAAAUCUUCAAAGAUGGCUAACUUUGUAAUUGUUUCCCUAUUUGAUUUAAAUGCAUCUCUAAAUAUUCAAGCUUUAGUAGUUCCUCGUGUAACAAUAAAUGUACCUUCGCAUUCAUUUAAACCAAAUCUGAACUAUGCUGACCCUAAAUUUUAUGAAAGUAGUGAAAUAGACUUAUUGUUAGUUGGUGAUUUGUAUCCCCUGAUUCUUCGUGAUGGAGUUCAACAUGGAAUUUUUGGAUCUUUAGUGACCCAAGAGACAAUUUUCGGCUGGAUUGUAACAGGCCCAACACCAAGUACUGAUAUCUCACGAUGUGCAAGAACUAAUUAUAUGACAAAAGUUUCCAUUGACGAUCAGUUAGCAAAGUUUUGGGAGUUAGAAGAAGUUCCUCGUAGAAAGAUUUUAUCAGAAGAGGAUAAAAAAUGUGAAGAGAUCUAUCGUUCUACUACCACAAGAAGUUCUGAGGGAAGAUAUAUUGUUUGUUUGCCCUUUAAAGCAGCCAAGCGCAGAAAGAGAGACUCGAAGAAACUGUUAUUGUAG